AUGGCAGGAGAUUUGCCGAACUUGGAGAGAGUUCGAAAAAUCGUUCUGAGAUUACAUCAGGAGUGUUUGGGACUUGAUCUUAAGGAUGCAGUCUUCAAGAAGUAUCCAGGCAUUGUUCUAAAGCAUCUAUGGCAUCUGAUUCGAUCAGAAGGAUCCAUGAAUCGCAGGAAACGCGCACAGAUUAUUUUGAUCAGCCUGGGAUUUAUAGGACUUACAGGUAUUUCAGGAGUUGCAUACAGCGUCUAUUCUUUGCUUUCAAAGAUCAGGGCAGGUGCAUUAAACAAACGGCCAUUCAUGAGACGCACAAGGUCUCAAAUCAUGCUUGACAACGGCGCGAGGGUCAUGUACAUCCCAUAUGGAGACGACGAAGAGAACAAAAAACGGGUACUUAUCGGCCCCAAGGAUGACGAUCGAUAUGAGCACGACAAGUAUUUGUUCAAGUAUUUUGCCAAAUCCAACAGAUCGCAGCUAUUCUACUCGAGAUUCGUCAGCCAACUGAGCAUUCUCUAUCGCAUCUUGAUCCCAAAACUGACAGAUAGAAACGCAUUUUUACUCAGUUUCCAAAUCUUUUUCUUGAUCAUGAGAACCUGGUUAUCGCUGUUUGUUGCCAGAUUAGACGGCCAGAUCGUUAAGGACAUCAUUUCAAGAAACGGUAGGAAAUUUAUGCUAGAUCUUAUGUGCUGGUUUCUUAUUGCUUUCCCCGCGUCUUACACCAACAGUGCCAUCAAAUUCCUACAGCGAAAGCUGAGUUUGAAUUUUCGCGUCAAUUUGACCCGCUACAUUCACGACAUGUAUCUGGAUAAUCGACUGGCAUUCUACAAAGUGACAUUUGACACUCAGGCGGCGAGUUCUGUGAUUGCAAACAUUGACAACUCUGUUGCGAAUGAUGUCGCCAAGUUUUGCGAUGCUGUGUGCUCAGUAUUCGCAAAUAUUGCAAAGCCCGUUAUCGACUUGGUUUUCUUUUCAGUGUACUUGAGAGAUAACUUGGGAACUUUGGGAAUACUGGGCAUAUUCGUGAAUUAUUUUGUGACAGGAUUCUUUUUGAAGAAACUUAUGCCCCCACUAGGCAAGUUGGUGAGCAAAAGGUCCAGUGCGGAGGGUGAUUACUAUAAUUAUCAUCUCAAUUUGAUUCAAAACAGUGAAGAAAUCGCGUUUUAUCAAGGAACUCAGGUGGAGAGAGGUAAAGUGAAUGUUCUCUAUAAUAAUUUGAUGGACCAAAUGUUGCUUGUGGACCGAGUUAAAGCCAAGUACAAUGCAAUAGAGGAUUACGUUUUGAAAUACACCUGGUCUGCCCUGGGAUACGUUUUCGCUUCCAUACCCACCGUGGUGGCGACAUUUACAACGGGAGUUAAUAAUGAAGAAGUGAACAUGCGCGAGUUUAUUGUUAAUAAACGCCUGAUGCUGUCGUUAGCAGAUGCUGGUAGUAGACUCAUGCAUUCUAUCAAGGACAUAUCCCAACUAACCGGGUAUACAAAUAGAAUCUUCGUUCUCUUGUCAGUGCUCCACAGGGUUCAUGCAAAACAGUUCGCCUAUGGAGCAAUCACCGACGAAGGUGAUGGUCUCGACGACAAGCCUUCUCAAAGAUUUGAUGACGUGUUGAGGGGAACUGUUCAAAGAAAUUUCAACGGAAUACGCGUUGAAAACAUCGACGUGAUCAUACCAUCAAAGCUGGGAAGAGAAGGAACAAAACUUAUCAAUAAACUGACAUUCCAAAUACCCCCCGUCAUCAUUCCUGAAACCGCUACGUCAGAUUCUCAGGUAAGCAUCAGCCAGAAAAUUGUCUUUCAAGGUCCUGGAAGCAGUCUUCUAAUAUUAGGCCCCAACGGUUGCGGGAAAAGUUCAAUUCAAAGGAUCAUUGCAGAAAUAUGGCCCAUCUAUAACAAAAAUGGUUUGCUUUCGAUUCCCUCUCCUAGCGAGUUAUUCUGCGUUCCCCAAAAGCCAUACUUCAUCCAAGAUGGGACACUCAGAGAUCAAUUGAUUUAUCCCAUGGCUGGUGAUGAUUUCUUUGACCAAGGGCAUAAAGAUCGGGAACUGGUUCAAAUUCUUCAAGAGGUAAAACUUGAAUACUUGCUCAAGAGAGAUAGAGGCUGGAAAUAUCUCGACGCAAGGGCGGAUUGGAAAGAUGUGCUCAGCGGCGGUGAGAGGCAGCGGGUAAAUUUUGCAAGGAUAAUGUUUCACAAGCCCAGGUUUGCUGUUCUUGAUGAAGCAACAAAUGCUAUUAGUGCUGACAUGGAAGAUUAUUUGUUCAAUUUAUUAAAACGGUACCGUUUCAAUUUCAUUACCAUUUCUCAAAGACCAUCUCUCAUUAAGUACCAUGAUUUUUCUUUGGACAUCAAUUCUGAUGAAAGCUGGCACUUACAAAUGCUGGGAACUGACGAAGCGAUCACAUCAAUUGAAAAAGAGAUCGAGGGACUCGAAACAAACCUCCAAAAUGUCGAAUCGUGGGAAAAGGAGAGAAGUGAGCUUGUCAAAAGGCUGGCACACAUAUGA